CAUUCAGCAGCAGCAGCAGAGAUGGCGGUGCCCGCCACAGUAGCGCUUUCUCCGGCCGUGAGCCCGAGCUCCGAGCCUCCGUCCGUCGCGCUCUCUCCCACGGCAGGCGGAACCCAGCGGCUUCUGUUUACGCAUGACCUGGUCUCCGGAAAACACCGCGGUGCGAUGCGUUUCGGGCUCGUACGGAUGAUUCACGGCGAAGAGGAUUUCGAAGAUUCGGACUCCGAGAUUGGCGGUGAUGGCGGAGGGAGAGGAAGAAGUGGUGGUGGUGGUGGUGGUGGCAGCGGCGGCGGCGAUGGUGGAGAAGGUGGACGAGGUGGAGGCGCUCCCGGUAACUCGGACAACGAGAGCGGGGCUGCGGACGCACGGUCGUGGCCUCUCGGUAGAGGAUUCGUGCGUGUUCAGUGGUAUCCCGAAGGAACGAAGCAGGAUGUUCGGGAAACGAAGCUGAAACUUGAAGAUCGAUCUAUUGUGCCUAGAGACUUUGUCCGGAGAAUGAAUUCAAAUGAUAAACAGUGUGGCAUUGUGACUAACAUAAACACUGAGUGUGCCGUGAAACUUGUAGGGACCAACUGUGUUCUGUAUCCUGUAAACAGCAAAGACCUUCAGCAUGUCUGGUCUUUUAUGUACGGUGACUACAUUGUAUAUGACUUCUGGCUUGGAAAGGUGUACGAUCUCAGCAUCCAAAUCGUUGUGAAGCUUUCCAAUGGUGCACGAUGCUCUAUGAGUGAGGAAGACGGCGCAAAACUCUAUGAUAUUUACCCUCACAUCAGUGAUGUGGGUUUGUUCUUUGACGAUGCCUAUGGAUUCUACCGUCAGGUUUUGAUUGGGCCCUCAAAGGUUUUUGCUAAUGUACAAUGGCUAUAUGGUGUGAAGCCGGUUCUCAGCAAGAAAAGCAAGUUCAGAGUUGUUGUGGAGGAGGUUCAGGUUGUUGAGCUAAAAGUGACGUGGAUUACUAAAAGUUACUCUCCAAAGGGCUCAGACAGUGUCUUCCCACCACCAUCCACCAUCACACAGGAGAAUCUAUGCAGGGUGAAGCGACUGGGCUACUUUGAUCAUACUCAAAGGCAGCUUGGAGAGAGAGCCUUGUAUGUGUUUCCUGCCAAGAGUGAAACUACACGAAUCACCUGUGAGGGUCCAGAGGGUGCACCUGCUCAUCCUGAGGACCCUGUUGUUCGAAAGUUAAAAAGAAUGUUUAAAAAGGAAGUGGGAAAGAAACUGACAGAAAAUUCAGACACACAGAGUAACAAUUCCGAAUCAACUGAGAAAAUGGAGGGCAUGGAAGGUGAAAAGAGAUCAGUGCAGGAACAGGACUGUCCUGAUGAUAAUUCUGUUCCAUGCUACCCAAACAAUGGUCCUUUUCCAUCCCAGGAUGCUUUGGAGGAAGAAAAAGAGCCACCACUGGCUGUUCUUCAGGGACAGUGGGCCCAUUUGGGGGAUCAAGAGUCGGAUGAGGAGCCAGGGGAUGAUACAGAUGAUACCAGUUCUGUCACUUCCUCUGCCAGCUCAACAGCCUCACUUCAGAGUGGCCCAACUCGAAAAAAGAGCAUUCCCCUCUCUAUACGCAACCUAAAGAGAAAGCACAAGAAGAAGAGAACUAAGUUUUCACGCGAAUUCAAACCAGGAGACAGGGUGGCAGUUGAGGUUGUCUCCACUGUAACCUCUGCAGAUGUGAUGUGGAAGGAUGGUAGAUUAGAGACGGGGAUACGCUCCAAUGACCUGAUCCCUAUCCAGCACCUGGACAACCAUGAGUUCUGCCCUGGAGACUACGUUGUAGACAAACGACCCCAGGCUCUUCAGGAUCCAGGCAUCUAUGGGGUUAUUCAGUCAGGUGACCAUAAAGCCAGAACCUGUGUUGUCAAGUGGGUCAAACUUAAUGCUGCAGGCAACGAUGUUGAGGUGAUUGGGGAAGAAGAGGACGUUAGUGUUUAUGACAUUGCUGAUCAUCCAGAUUUCCAUUUCCACACAACGGAUAUUGUCAUAAGGAUUGGCAACUCUGACACAGAGGAUUGUGAAAAUGAGAGAUCUGUUGGCCAAGUGUGCAGGGUGGAUCUGAGCAGUAAAGUUGAGGUUGUGUGGGCAGAUAAUUCUAAGACAAUUGUCCUGCCACAGCACUUGUAUAAUGUCGAGUCUGAGAUUGAAGAAACAUAUUAUGACUCUGCAGAGGGCAGCAGUAGUGGUGCCUCAUCUGAAGAAUGGGAAGAUGAGAGUGAUAGCUGGGAGACAGAUAAUGGACAAUUGGAAGAGGAACCAAGUGGUGUGGAAAGCAUCCCAGUCUCCUCUCCCACCACAGGUGCUAAUGCCGAUGGCAAAACCCAUGGUGUGCAUGCCUCCACGACUACAGACUUACCAGGAGCUGUCCCGACUCCUGAACUUCCUGGAGGUGUAGGCGGAGUUGCACCCGAAGAGAAACCCAGUAAAGAGACUCCACCACGUGGCUUCCGUGAGCUUAAAGAAGCUCUGAAGAUUUUGGAAAGUUUAAAGAACAUGACUGUUGAGCAACUCUGGACUGGAUCACCAACCUCUCCCACUGCCGAACCAUCAGCCACAAGUGCUGCCACAACUCCUGCUGAUGCCAAACCCACAAAAGAAAAACGCUUUUUGGAUGACAUUAAGAAACUUCAAGAGAACUUGAAGAAAACUCUGGACAAUGUGGCCAUUGUAGAAGAGGAUAAAAUGGAGGCUGCCAUUGAGGAGGAAAAAGUGACAGCGCCGGUGCAAGCAGAACCACAGACGCCUGUGCGUUCUGAGUGGCCUAGCGACACUCCGGUUUUGUGUCAACAGAGUGGAGGCAAACCGGGUGUAACCUUCACCAGUGCUAAAGGGGAAGUGUUUUCUGUUUUGGAAUGGGCACCAGACACACACUCUUUUAAAAAGAUGGAGUUCCAGCCAGCAGAGGCAAAGAAGUUCUUUAGCACUGUAAGGAAAGAAAUGGCCCUGCUGGCCACCUCUCUGCCUGAUGGCAUCAUGGUGAAGACUUUUGAGGACAGAAUGGACCUUUUCUCAGCUCUCAUUAAGGGCCCUAACCGCACUCCCUAUGAGGAUGGACUCUUUCUUUUUGAUAUCCAACUUCCUAAUAUAUAUCCUGCUGUUCCUCCUCUCUUCCGUUACCUCUCUCAGUGCAGUGGUCGACUUAACCCAAACUUGUAUGACAAUGGGAAGGUUUGUGUCAGUCUUCUUGGCACCUGGAUUGGAAAGGGUACUGAAAGAUGGACCAGCAAAUCCAGUCUACUGCAAGUGCUUAUCUCUAUACAAGGUCUGAUCCUUGUCAAUGAGCCGUACUAUAAUGAGGCUGGCUUUGACAGUGACCGAGGCCUUCAGGAGGGUUACGAGAACAGUCGCUGCUACAACGAGAUGGCACUUAUUAAGAUGGUGCAGUCAAUGACUCAACUUCUCCAGCAGCCUGUGGAAGUCUUUCAGCAGGAGAUCUGUGAGCACUUUACCUGUAGCGGAUGGCGUCUGGUCCAUCGACUGGAGUCCUGGCUAGAAUUGGAUGGGGCAGUGACUGACCGUGCUUUACGUUGUGGUGUUGGAAGCCUCCAUGGAGAACCUCUAGAAGAGAUCCCAUCAGCUCUGGCACACAGCAGCCCAAGCAAGCAGGAUGUGCGAAGCGAAGAGGAGCUUGAGGACUCAGGUCUCAGUCCCUCCACAGUGGGGCCCAGUGAACUUCCUGGCUCAGGUGGGCAACGGGACCUGAGCCAGAAUUCAGAGUGUGAUAGUUCAGUUGUGGGUGGUGUAGGAUCAGAAAUAACAGAAGGUUCUGAAGGGGUGUUGGGUUUUGUGACAUCACAACAAAGUAUAAAACCGUAUCAGGAGUCUCAGCCAGCUGUGAGACCAAAGAAACGGAGGAAGAGCUAUCGUAGCUUCCUUCCAGAGCGCAGUGGCUAUCCAGACAUUGGAUUCCCACUCUUCCCUCUUUCCAAAGGCUUUGUGAAGAGCAUGCGUGUAGUUUUGCAGCAGUAUCGCGCUACUCUGAUGGCUGCUGGCAUUCCUGACAAAUAAUUUCCCUCCAGUGUAAUGUUCUUCUUUUUUCCUUUUUCCCCACUUUGUUCAACCCAAGAGCUGCGCUUUUCCCCUUUAAUCCUAUGUCCAGGUCUUGGAUCUGAUCAUCAGGCAACUAAUUUUCCUACCAACUUUUGUUAAUUGCUUCAUAGCACUUUUUUUUGCUUCGUUUUUUUGUUGCCUCUCAGUGGUCACGGAGUGGCAGCACACAUUAUUUGUUUCCAUUAAAACAAUGUUGAAAUUUCAUAUGCUUCUAUCUUGUUUCCCUGACAACCACCCUGCCACCACACUGCUCUCUCAGGGAAGAAUGGACAAAAACAGAUGGAUGUGAGACUGAGAUACUGAGGCAUGACUGAAGCUUUUGUUGUGUUGUGACUUUACAAGAUGUGUGGGUAUAAACUGUAUAAAUUGGGUUUAUUGUGCCAUGGGAUGCUCUAAAUGGUCUUAAGCAUUGUCAUUUGCUAAUAUGGGGAGGACAGAGACUAUUUUUUGAUGGAAUCGCCAUCAAACUUUCACCACAUAUUGGUUUGCACAAGUUGCGAAAGUUGAGUUCAUUUACAGAAAAAAAGGAUGUUAUUGUCAGUUUUUCCAAAAAGCUUCAGAUCAGAUGUGUAAUUGUUGUCUUUGGUUAAACAAAUAAUUAUAUUUCCCAGCAUGACUUGCUCUCUGGUUCAUAUUUUCAUGUUGCUAACAUUGCAUCGCCAUUUGAGUCUUGAGUCAUUCUUUUAGAAAUGCUGGUGACUUGCUUUUUCGAUCCAAAAUAUAGUCAAAGUUGUACAACUGCCCGGUCAUCUAUACUGUACAGGCCCUGAUCUUUCCUGCUGGUGUUUUGCACUGAAAUCAUAUGAAAGUUGAGUGUCAAGUUUACAUUUAAAAACAACAAAGCAACCAGACACUAAACAAUUUCUCUUCAAACUGGAACCAAACAUCCACUUUUUUUGUCCCUCCCCCUCCUUGGCACAACAAAGAAAACUUUAGUAACUAAUAUUCUCUGUACAGUACAUUAUUUAAAAAAAAAUGUCUUACACUUUUGCCAUAAAUGCAUACAUAUCACAAAUCCAGUUUACAUAUAUGUAAAUAAACAGUGGGACCUUU